UCAAACAAACGUAGCGUGGAAGUAAUUUAGGAAAGGAAGGGAACAAUGUGACACAAUUAAAACCUGAAAUCGGUAAAGUUUUCAUGUUCAUAAAUAAGUUUCGCUCAGUAUAUGGAUUAACCACAGAUUUAACCGACAAGUGGUGAUCAAAAACACAGAAUGGAAGCAGAAUUUAAAGUCCCAAAGAGGCGUUAUGGAGACGAGGAGAAGAAGUCUGGGUCCGAGGGCUCGGAUAAUGAUGACUACGUGCCCUACGUUCCCGUAAAGCAACGGAAAAAAGAGAUGAUGGAGAAGAUGCAGCGUCUGCGUGGUAAGGGGCAGCUGGAGGAUGACAACAAGGACAAUGGUGCGGAGCAGAGGGACGAGGACGAGGGCCUGGGCCCACGCUCCAACGUCAGCCUGCUGGACCAGCACCAGCACCUCAAGGAGAAGGCAGAGGCCCGCAAAGAGUCAGCCAAAGAGAAGCAGCUCAAAGAGGAAGAAAAAAUCCUGGAGAGUGUUGCGGAAGGAAGGGCUUUGAUGUCCGUAAAGGAAAUGGCUAAAGGCAUCACGUAUGACGACCCCAUUAAAACAAGCUGGAACCCCCCUCGCUACAUCCUGUCCAUGCCUCCCGCGCGGCACGACCGGGUCAGGAAGAAGUUCCACAUCCUGGUAGAGGGAGACAUAGUGCCUGCUCCCAUCAAGAGCUUCAGGGAGAUGAAAUUCCCUCAAGCUAUAUUGAAGGGACUGAAGAAGAAGGGAAUCAUUCACCCAACACCUAUUCAAAUCCAGGGUAUCCCGACCAUUCUCUCUGGGCGUGACAUGAUUGGCAUCGCCUUCACCGGCUCUGGGAAAACGCUGGUCUUCACCCUGCCCAUCAUCAUGUUCUGCCUGGAGCAGGAGAAGAGGUUGCCCUUCUCCAAGCGAGAGGGUCCUUAUGGUCUCAUCAUAUGUCCUUCAAGAGAGUUGGCGAGGCAGACGCACACCAUCAUUGAGUACUACUGCAAGCUGCUGGAGGAGGAAGGGGCGCCCCAGAUGCGCAGCGCCCUCUUAAUCGGCGGCAUGUCCGUCAAGGAGCAGAUGGAGGUCAUCAAACAUGGGGUGCACAUGAUGGUGGCCACCCCUGGCAGGCUGAUGGACCUGCUCCAGAAGAAGAUGGUCAGCCUGGACAUCUGCCGCUACCUGGCUCUGGACGAGGCCGACAGGAUGAUUGACAUGGGUUUUGAAGAGGACAUCCGAACCAUCUUCUCCUAUUUCAAGGGUCAAAGACAAACCCUGCUGUUCAGUGCUACCAUGCCUAAGAAGAUCCAGAACUUUGCCAAGAGUGCUCUGGUCAAGCCCAUCACCAUCAACGUGGGCAGAGCCGGAGCUGCCAGCUUGGACGUCAUUCAGGAAGUGGAGUAUGUGAAAGAAGAGGCAAAAAUGGUGUAUCUCCUGGAGUGUCUGCAGAAAACAUCACCACCCGUCCUGAUAUUUGCAGAGAAGAAGGCAGACGUGGACGCUAUUCAUGAGUACCUUCUUCUAAAGGGAGUGGAAGCUGUGGCUAUCCACGGAGGAAAAGAUCAAGAGGAGCGAACCAAAGCCAUUGAGGCUUUCAAAGAGCGCAAAAAGGACGUGCUGGUAGCCACGGACGUGGCCUCCAAAGGUCUGGACUUCCCAGCCAUCCAGCACGUCAUCAACUACGACAUGCCCGAGGAGAUUGAGAACUAUGUGCACAGAAUAGGAAGAACGGGUCGUUCGGGGAAGACUGGAAUCGCAACGACUUUCAUCAACAAAGGAUGUGAUGAGUCUGUUCUUAUGGACCUGAAGGCUUUGCUGGUUGAGGCCAAGCAGAAGGUGCCACCAGUUCUCCAGAUUCUCCAGACUGGAGACGAGACCAUGCUCGACAUUGGAGGAGAAAGAGGCUGUACGUUCUGCGGCGGUCUGGGCCAUCGUAUUACGGACUGUCCCAAACUGGAAGCCGUGCAGACCAAACAGGUCACCAAUAUCGGGCGCAAGGACUACCUGGCACAGUGCUCUAUGGACUACUAAAGCUGGCUUUUACCAGCUGCUUAGUGAAAUACUUCAAGGUCAAAGCCAAGAAAGCGUUUUUUUUUCGGGGAUGGACCAAUUGUCAUGUACAGUGCAGUUAUCAUGUUUAACCGUAAAUACUCUUCACCAGCUGUUGUUAUUUUGUAACUUCUGAGGCAGCUUGUUUCCUGCCCUUUUUUGUGUUUUUUAGCACACCGCAUUUCGACAGACGUUAUUUAAAUAGCCACUGGUAUUUAACCUUUUUGUAAAAAAAAAUACAUGUCUUAGUUCUUAUACUGCUCUUUUUGUUUUUUUCUUGUCAUGAUGGAUUGUUGAAAGCAACAUUGGAUCUAAAUAAAGUUUUUAACGAAUGAAAGUAA